GCCGCAGCUCGUAUUUCUGGGCCAAAUGGAAAAGUCCUGUGAGGAGUGUUGGUGAUAGAAAGGCUGGAUGAUGCCCACCAUUUUAAGUCGUAGAAGAAGAUGCUGAAGUGUUGAACAUAUUGAACAUGCUGUAAGCAAGUCUGUCCCGGAAGCAGCUUUUGAAGGUUGUGCAUAUACUGAAAAAGUGACUGAAUGGAAGAUUAAGGUACUGAUACUGUGCCAGUCUUGUUCCUCUACUUCGAGUCAAUAUGUCAAAGAAAUUGGAGGCUCCGCUCUCCUUGUCCGACUGCCUCUGCCAAAUUUGCAUGGAGAUCUUUGUGGAGCCUGUGACGCUGCCUUGCAACCAUACCCUCUGUAAUUCUUGUUUCCAGCUGACAGUUGAGAAGGCCAGUCUUUGUUGCCCUUUUUGUCGGCGUCGAGUCUCUUCCUGGGCACGAUACAAUGCCCGCAGAAAUACUCUUAUCAACUGGGAACUCUGGGAGAAGAUUCAGAAGAACUACCCAAAGGAGUGUGAGUGCAGAAUUAAUGGAGAGGAUUUGGAACAGGAAAUCUGUGUCCCCCAUCCGCAACACCAGCUGAGCAAGCCUGGGGAACUGAGGCAGGAAUAUGAAGCAGAGAUUAGCAAGGUGGAGGCAGAAAGGCGAGCACAUGAACAAGAGGAGAACAAAGCAAGUGAGGAAUACAUCCAACGCCUGCUAGCGGAAGAGAAGGAAGAACGCGCAUUGGCAGAAGAGAGACGGAGAGAGAUGGAGGAACAGCUGAAGCAAGAUGAAGAGUUGGCCUGGCAGCUGAGUAACAGUCUGAACGAUGGCUCCAAAGGACAUAUGCUCAGCAGUCCUUCACCAGCAGGCAGUCUCUCACCUGAAACAUCCCCAUUUAAUUUGUGCAAGACAAAGAACAAACCAAGUAACUCUGGAGACAUUCAGAAGUAUCUGUCUCCAAAGCUUCAACAUACACUGGGAUCAACAUCAUUCUCUAGAACAGAAAGAAGCAGGAGUGACUGUGGCUUUGUGGAGACCAAUAGCAAUGAAAGUGGCAGCAGUUCUGCAUGGCAAGAUGACCAAGAGGAAAUGCCAACACUGUCUCCCCAGCUGACCAGUGUGAUUAAAGAUUCCAGUGCUAAGGAUUCGUUUUUGGAAUCAUGCAUGAACUAUUUCAGUGCCUUGCCUUCAGGAGAAGCCACCAGUGUCAAGCAGGAAAAAUCUCCAAGACCAAAUUGUCUAGGAGACGAAGUUUCAAAUGGAGUCAUGAAAGGGGAAGGGUCUGGAACAGUUCUUCGUAGACCCAAAGGCGAAGGAAUUGAGUCAGACAGUGACAGUUUAAUACAUAUAGAAAGCAUAAACCUUGAAAACUCUGCUGAAACUUCUACCUUCUUUCAGUCAGCCACAAUUUCUGUGAUGUCUGACAGGAGAAGUGUAAUAUGUGAUCUCACGAGGGUGGCUAGACACUCAGAUGAAGAAAAACCAGAGAGACUGCAAAACCCUAAGGGAACUCCAAAAAGAAAGUUGCUGGAGCCACCAGCUGCAGCAGUGGUUGACUCGUGCGUGCUUGAUAAGAGGAGAAGAACUUUUCCAGAAAGUUUAAAGGACCAAGGAGAGCAGAUAAAGGAUUUUAACUUGCAAAUGCAGAAAGCCUUUGAGCAGAAGCUCUAUGAAAGGCGUAUGCAAGAGGAGCAGGACAGGCUUCUGGCUCUGCAGCUACAAAAACAGAUCAACAAGGAGGAAAGGACCCUUAAUCGACAAAAGGGCUCUCCAGAUGAGUACCACCUUCGCACCAAACCACCUCAGCCUGUGAAAGACUCUCCUGCUAGAAAGGGAAGCUCUAAGAUGGCAAAAGACUCAAAGGUACCAAAAAAACAGGCUGAAACAAAUCACCGCAGGGCUCGGAAAGGUUCUUGCAAUGAAAACUGGCAGUCCCCUACCAAAGUCCGAAUGAAAUCGCCCAGCAUCAAGGGAGGAAAAGUUUUGAAUUGUGUGGUUAAUACCAGUGAUGCAAAUGAUAUUUGUUCACUACCUAAGAAUAAGCAAAAGACGAUCCUUCAGAUGUUUAAAAGCUCCGAUGCAGAGUAGAUCUACAUAACCACAGAAACAUGGUGGAGUGAGAAUUAAAACCAUGAUAAUGCUUUCUCUUGUGUUAGGCAAAGCUUCCUGUAAACAGUUCUAAAAUUGUUGGUUUUGAGGGGGAUCGCUUCAAACCAUAAAGUGUGGUGUAUUCUGGGAAGUUUUAUUAACGUACACCCCUAGACUUCAAAAAAUUUGAAUUGGUCUUUUCUUGACUGCAGCUUAUUUUCUACCACUUGCAUUUACAUAAUUUUGAAUGUGAAUACUGUUAGUGUUUAAAACCAAACAUAACUGAUGGUCAUAUCUUAAAAUGAUAAUUUGGAGCUUUUUAUGGAAAGGAUGUACAGUCUGUGGGGGAAACAAAAAAUAAGUCUGCAUUUCCAGUUGCCUGCCAACUGCAGGGUUGAAGCUUCACUCGGCACAACCACUGUUCUGUUAAAUUGAAACCCGUUACUGGGAUUUAGGCUUUUUGUUGAAUUGCAUUGUUCACACGACAGUUACCAGUAUAAGUGGAUAGCCAGUCCUGCAGACACGCUUUCUCUCUCCCUCUUGUGUACUAACCCCUUCCUUGGACAGAGAGGAAGAAAACAGGUUGUUCCCCCACUGCCAAAGCCAAGGAUCUUUCCUAGGUGCCAACAGUAUAAGUGGUUGUGGGCUUGUAUUUACCUCUGUUCAUAGAGGUCAGUUCUGCAAAUCUGACUCUCACUGUUAGGAAAAAGAUACUUUUGUUUUCUUAUUACUAGUGAUCUGCAACUUCAUUCUUGUACGAUAAUGUUACCUAUAUUUAGUGCUAUUUAAUUUUUGUAUUCAAACUGGUUUGAGUCCAAUUAAAAACACACUUAACAUAUAGAUUGCCCUUAACAUAUAGGUAGUCUAUAAGGCAGUUAUAGUGGAGAAAGUUAAACCAAAAGAGGGGGAAAAACAACUGAAUACUGGAGUUGUCAGUCAUGACAUAACUAUAAUUAAAGAUUCACAUAACUACCAUGCCUGGCUGUAACUGUCGUCCCCCCCCUUUUUAGAGGGACUACUAAAUACUGUCUUCCAGUUGGUUGUAAAACUAACACCAUUCAGAAGAAUUACAGUUUAGACAUCUUGGAAAGCUGAGGCCUGUAGAAAGUUGAGGCUGAUGAAGAGUUAAUCAGCUACUGCUCAGCAGAGGAAUUACUCUUGCUGGAUUGUGUUAUCUGUUGCUAUUAUGAAACCAUCUUUUGGCCUUUCUUUGCUUGUAAUGAGAUAACUGUUCCACUGUACAUGUUCAGAAGAGAGCAAAGCACCAAUCUACAUUGCAGAAGCGUGUGUGAUAGUCACCAAAGUUAGCAAAUGUUUUAAAUGUGUACUUUUUUAAACCUCAUUGAUGAUUUAGAGUUUUUAAUUCAGUUCUGGGAAAUCUGUAACAAAAUACUUCAAAGCAGUAUCCUCUGAUGUUGUAAGUUUUAAAAAGCAAAACCUCAAAUUGUAUUGAAAGCAUGAACAGCACACCAAGCCAAAAAUGUUAAUUGGUUUUUUUCUUUGCCUGCAUGUCUCUGGUGAUGGUGGGUUUCUCAUAAAUAAAUGAUCAGUUAUAAGAUGCUUUUUGAGACAGUUACAACAGGUGACCAGUUGCAAAUCAUUCACUUUUCCUCUUGCUGCCUCAAAUGUUGUGCUGGAAGCCUUCCUUCAAUAUAAAUCUGUUUCUGUUUAA